CAGAACGCCGGGCGUUACAGAGAAAGCGAGGUCUGCUCUCACUCAGUCCUGGCUUGAGUCGUCAGGUUUCGUCAGAGUGCCUUGAGAAUCGCUUUUACCCAUUUUUUAACUAUUGAGACCUUAAAUUUCGUUUUAAAACCCUUUCUCCAUAGCAUUCAAGGGUUGAAUAGCUCUUUAUUACUCUCAAAGAGAGUGUUAGCCCCGAGGCGUUGACUCUGUGAGUGCACAUUUAAUUCGUUCAGGAAAAUGGCAAAGAAUGAUAAGAAGAACGAAUGGAAGGAGUUCUUCUGGAACCCGAGGACGCGCGAGUUCUGCGGUAGGACCGCGAGCAGUUGGGGUCUGAUCCUGUUGUUUUAUCUGGCAUUCUACAUUUUCCUGGCUGCAUUAUUUGUCCUCACCAUGUACGUAAUGCUGCAGACACUUGAUGACCACAGACCAACAUACCAAGAUAGACUUUCAACUCCAGGGAUGAUGAUCAGACCUAAAGGAGAGCAGCUGGAGAUCGUUUACUCAUUGGAGUACACAGAGACCUGGGAAAGAUAUGUCCAGGCCCUCAAUAACUUCAUGUCGCCCUACAAUGACUCAGUCCAAACCCAGAAGAAUUAUGAGUGUAAACCGGAUCAGUACUUCAUCCAGGAGGACAGCGGCAUUUUGAAAAACUUCCCUAAGCGUUCCUGCCAGUUUAAACGCUCCAUAUUGGAGAAUUGCUCCGGGAUCACAGAUCGUUACUAUGGCUACAAUGAGGGCAAGCCCUGCAUCAUCAUUAAGCUCAACCGUGUGAUUGGUCUGUUGCCUGCUAGGGACAGGCAGCCUCCUUACGUCACCUGUGGUGCUAAGAAAUACAAAGUUGGCAAUGAUGAGUGGGCGGAUGACUCAGAUAAACUUGGUGCACUGGCGUACUUUCCCCCUAAUGGCACCUUCAACCUGAUGUACUACCCAUACUACGGCAAGAAAGCCCAGGUGAACUACUCUCAGCCUUUAGUGGCCAUCAAGUUCCUCAACAUCACCAUGAAUGAGGACGUCAACGUGGAGUGCAGGAUCAACGCUAACAACAUUCCAGAGGGUAGUGAGCGAGACAAGUAUGCGGGACGCAUUUCCUUCAAACUGAGGAUCAACUCCUUAAAUUAAAUAGACGAAAGUGUGUUCCUGGUUUUUUUUUUUUUUUUUUUUUUUUUUUACACACAGACACACACAGGCCAGCCUCAUCUAAAAGACUGCAUGAUUAUGUGCAAAAGGCACAACUAGAGACACUAGCCAGACACAGCAAUCCUCAGCACAGACAGAGCAUACUUACACAUUUCAAAGAAAUGUUUUUUUGAAGAUUUUUUUUCGUUUGAGACUGUAGUGAGUUUUUUAGAGAGUUAGCAAGGUUGUUUUUGUGUGUAUUUAUGUGUGUACAUCAGUGUGUGUGUGUGUGUUAGAAUGUAUGAGUUGAGAAACAGUAUUUACUUUCAGAAAUUGUAAUUGCAUGCUCAGCUAUCAGAGCAAUUAAUAAAUAAAUAAAUAAUAUUCUAAUAAAACGAUAUUAGGAAAGGAUUAUAUUUUUUUUAAUGAAAAAUUAUCAGCAUCUAUUAAAUAUCUAUCAGUAUCAUUAAUUAAAGCAAGUGUCUAUGAAUUAAUAUGGCAUGAUCUCAUGUGUGUUUGGAGAAUGUCUUUACUGCUUGUUUUUUUUUUUUUUUUUUUUUGCAUGUGUGUAUCUGUUCUGAAGAGUGGUAUUGAAACCUCUUCUCAGUCUGAUUUGUGGCUUUAUAAGUGAAGAGGAUAUUUUAUACCAACAUGUACAUAAUGCUGUGCACGAUAACGUCACCUAUAUUACGACAAUACUGCAUUCCUGUUGGUUUUGGAACAGUCUGUACUGUCACAUGAUGAAGUGUGUCACAUUUUCUUUAUCAUGAGGCAAGUCUAUUGAAGUGUGUUUAUAUGUAAAAUAGGUCUUUGCAGUAUUUUACUUCUUUUUUUUUUUGGCAUGUGUAAUCCAAUUUGUCUCACAUGGUGAGGGGACAUGAUGUUUUGUAUUGAUUUGCACCAGCUCUGGGUUCAGUUUAAAGGGGUCAUAUGAUGCGAUUUCAAGUUUUCCCUUCUCUUUUGAGUGUUACAAGCUCUUGGUGCAUGAAUAAGAUCUGUACAGUUGCAAAGACUAAAGUCUCAAAUCCAAAGAGAUAUUUUUUUAUCAAAGUUAAGACUCUCCCACGCCCUCCUAAAACACCUUGUUUAAACACGCCCCCACAUUUCUACGGCAUGAUGUGGUAAGAUUUGCAUAACACUGCCCAAAUGUUCAUGCAAAGAAAGAAGUCGUAACUUUGAUUCUUGCUGUUGCUUCCAGCGCCAUGUCGUGGAAACUGCUGUUUUGUUGUGAAAGUACAAAAUAAUUAGUUUGGCCUUCCAAAAGAGGACACAACUAGAAAUCUGUGGUUAAGUUAUAUUUACAAUACUGUUCCAGAACAGUUCAACCCAAAUAUUCAGAUGUGUGCAGCACAUUUAUUGGAGGACUGUUUCCUGAUCCUGGGAGAGUAGACUACAAUGCCGUCUGUUUUGACUCACAGUCUGUAAGUAGCCUAUGUUUACAUAUGUAAAGGAUUUGCCACUGAUGAUUCAAACAUGAGUUUUGAGAAGUGUAGAGUAGAGCUUGUUGUUUGUCUGAUCACAAAUGCAGACAUGGUUUUAUGUUUAGCUGCGCAAUGCAAUGCAACUCAUAAAAAGACCGUAUAAAUCAUUAUAAUCCGUAAUUAUGUCCCACCUGGAUGUAACAAAUGGCUCAUUUGUAAUGGGUUUUAUUGUUUUUGGCUUGUCUUGCCGGUGUUCUGACCGGGACACGCAUCCCAGUAUGUUACAUGGGUGUAAUAUUUCUGUCACACUUAAGGUAUUCGGCCAAUCACAACGAACUGCAUAGCUGGCCAAUCAGAGCACAACCCGCAUUUCAGAGCGAUGAGCUUUGUAAAAAACUAUGCGUUUCAGAAGGCAGGGCAUAGAGGAGAAACAAUAAAUUACAGUAUGUGGGAAAAUAAUGUGUUUUUGAACCCUAAACCACAUAAACACAUUUCAUCAAAUACACAAAAUAAUGUUCUUUUUAGCAAAAUUAUAUGACCCCUUUAAAAUCAGAAAAUAGAUGGAAGAACUGUGUUUGAUGUGUGUGUGUGUAUUCCUACAUGUGUGUUAUUUUAUGUUAAUCUUUGUGCACAAUUAUCUAUAUAUUUGGGUUUUGUUGGAAGUGACUCUAAGCAUAAUCAUAGAGUUAUAGAGACUAAGAGCAGGAGCAGCAGGUGUAUGUUUCUGCUGAUAAGGAAAACGAGUGAAUUCAUCCCAGUCCUUACCCUGCAUAAGUCAAUAAAAAAAAAUUAAAUUAAUAAAAAAAACUUGGUCACCCA